CACGAACUGGGGGCACUGGGAGGGACUGGGAGGGCACUGGGACCUGUCCAGGUGUGCAGGGUGGGGCUGGAGACCCUCGGCAGGUACCAGGUGAGCGUGAACUGGGAGAACUGGGGGCACUGGGAGGGACUGGGAGGGCACUGGGACCUGUCCAGGUGUGCAGGGUGGGGCUGGAGACCCUCGGCAGGUACCAGGUGAGCACAAACUGGGAGAACUGGGGGCACUGGGAGGGACUGGGAGGGACUGGGACCUGUCCAGGUGUGCAGGGUGGGGCUGGAGACCCUCGGCAGGUACCAGGUGAGCACGAACUGGGAGAACUGGGGGCACUGGUAGGGACUGGGAGGGCACUGGGACCUGUCCAGGUGUGCAGGGUGGGGCUGGAGACCCUCGGCAGGUACCAGGUGGGUUUCCAGACGCGUUUCGAGCGCACCUGUGCCCGCGGCGCCCACCUGGUGUUCGUGACGCUGGGGCUGCUGCUGCGGCAGGUGCAGAGCGACCCCGCCCUGGGCAGGUACCAGGUGCUGGUGGCCGACGAGGUGCACGAGCGUCACCUGCCCGGGGACCUGCUCCUGGGGGCCCUGCGGCGCCUCUUACCUGCGCGCCCCGCCCUGCGCCUGCUGCUCAUGUCGGCCACCUGCGACCCCCACCUGUUCGCCAGGUACUUCGGGGGAGCCCCCGUGCUGCAGGUGCCCGGCCGGCUCCACCCCAUCAAGGUGCUGUACCAGCCCAUCCCCUCAGAGCCCAGGCAGCCUCACCUGGACACGGGGCCGUACCUGCCCCUCACUUGUGUGCGUGCUCCCCUGUGCUCACCUGUGUGCUCCCCUGUGCUCACCUGUGCCCACCUGAGCUCACCUGUGCGCAAGUACUGUACCAGCCCAUCCCCUCAGAGCCCAGGCGGCCUCACCUGGACACGGGGCC